UUUCAAAUGUGUUAUACUCAAGAUUCAUUUAGGAACUUGCGGAGUUUUUCCCUUUCGUCUGAAGGAAAUGGAGACAUAACCUCCCAGCAUUCUCCUCCGGAGUUCAACAGCACUGGCACACAUUGCAUCUCCAACCGCGCACCUGACUGAAGUCUUGGAAACGCUUCGAACUCCAGUGCGCUGGGGGAGCGAGGGCGGUUCGCCCUCUUCGCAGCUUUCUCACCUGUGGAUGGAAAUAAGCGUCUGUGUCUCAGACCCUUAAACCUCCUUUUAGGUAGAAACCCCACGAGGGCCAGCAGUGAAAGCGCGUCUUCCAGGAAAGCUGAGAUUAAAUAUAUCGCAACGUUUCAGAAACAGAGACGGUGGCAGUUUGCUGUAUUUAAGUUACGUUGCACCAUUUACGAGCACGGAGAGAGCUGAGAGUGGCAGAAAGUCGUUUUGAAAAAUUCAAAUGGAGAGAUCUUUUCCUGUUUUGCCUGCACCGCCUGCUCACUGACUUGAGUCCGCCAGCCUGUCAUAUGCAUCAACAACCAUGUAUUUUGUUCAGUCUGUAUCGAUUUGUGGUUGAAGAAUAAUAGCCAGUGUCCAGCUUGCAGAGUCCCCAUCACGCCUGAAAAUCCUUGCAAAGAGAUUAUUGGAGGGACAAGUGAAAGUGAACCUAUGCUAAGCCAUACAAUACGGAAGCACCUUCGGAAAACUAGACUUGAGUUACUCCACAAAGAAUAUGAGGAUGAAAUAGAUUGUCUGCAGAGAGAGGUAGAAGAGCUUAAGAGUAAAAAUCUCAGCCUGGAGUCACAGAUCAAGACUAUUCUAGAUCCUUUGACCUUGAUGCAGGGCAGCCAAAAUGAAGACAAAAUUCCAGUUGCAGAUAAUUCAAGUAAAAGUGAGCCAGGAACUGUGGUCGAGUGGGAGAAGAAACUCAGGACAGCUAAUGAAAUCUACGAGAAAGUGAAAGAUGACGUGGACAAGUUAAAGGAGGCAAAUAAAAAACUGAAAUUGGAAAAUGGUGGCCUGGUGAGGGAGAAUUUACGACUGAAGGCAGAAGUGGAUAACAGAUCACCGCAGAAGUUUGGAAGGUUUACGGUAGCUGCUCUUCAGUCCAAAGUAGAACAGUACGAACGUGAAACCAAUCGCCUCAAGAAAGCCCUGGAACGAAGUGAUAAGUAUAUAGAGGAACUAGAGUCUCAGAUUGCACAGCUAAAAAAUUCCAGUGGAGAGAAGGAAGCUCUGAAUUCCAUUGGCCAGAGAGCACUUUCUGUCGACGGCAAGGGGAGCAGCGGCAGUGAGGAGGAUGUGCCGUCCAAGAAUCAAGGUGAUGCUGCCAGAAAGCAGCUUGGCUCAUCGACCUCGAGUUCUCACCUGGCACAGCCUUCUAACAGCUCUGCCCGGCAGGAAAGCGCCAGCAAAACAGACCUGAAGUGUUCGAAGAACAAAGACCUAUAUCAAAAGCAGGUGGAAAUAAUGUUAGGUGUGACAGAUACAAGUAUGGAUACUUACUUGGAAAGAGACUGGGGUAGUAAGCCAAGUGACUGUGCACCCUACAAAGAUGAACUUUAUGAUCUUCCAGCUCCUUGUACGCCUUUGUCCCUGAGUUGCCUUCAGCUCAAUGCCCCAGAAAACAGAGAGAGCUCUAUGGUCAAAGCAGGAGGGGCCAAAAAGCACUCACGCCAUCUCAGAAAACUGGUGUUUGAUGAUUUUUGUGAUUCUCCAAAUGCCUGUAGUAAAGAUUCUUCAGAAGAUGAUAAAAGCGAAACUGAAAAGAAAUCAGAAUGUUUUACUUCCCCAAAGGCAGGGUUUUGGGAUUGUUGUUCCACAAGCUAUGCCCAGAGCUUGGAUUUUGAAAGCUCAGAGGGGAACACAAUUGCAAAUACUGUUGGAGAAAUUUCUUCAAAACUGAGUGAGAAAGCAGGCUCCUGUUUAUCCAAGAGGCUGAAUUCUCUUCGCUCUUUGGAAAUGAAUCGGACAAGAACAUCCAGCGAAGCCUCAAUGGAUGCGGCUUACCUUGACAAAAUCUCUGAGCUGGAUUCGAUGAUGUCUGAGUCAGACAACAGCAAGAGCCCCUGUAGUAACGGUUUUAAGCCACUGGACUUGGACGGGGUAUUGAAGUCCCCCCAAGGCAGUGAAUUUCUGGAGGAACCAGGCAAGGUGGAAGAAAGAACUAAGCCAAACCUUUCCAAAGGUCCUCUAACUACUGAUCAGUCAGAAAAUGGAAAUGAGUGGAAACCCUCUUCCUUUUUCCUCCUCUCUCCACCUGACCAAGAAAUGAGUGAAGAUUUCCCACUCCACCCCAGUUCUAACUCAGGAACGAAUGGAAUCAAACCCCCAAGCUCUUUGUUUCAGACUGAGUUUUCCCCAGGUGUUCUGUUGAGUGGUGCGCAUCAGCUAUUUGAAGAUCAAAGUUUUGGCUCGUCUUUGUUUAAGAUGUCCUCAGAGAUGCAUGGUCUUCAUAACCACCUUCAGUCUCCUUGGUCUGCUGCUUUCGUGCCUGAGAAGAGAAAUAAAAAUGUGAAUCAAUCAACAAAAAGGAAAAUUCAGAGCAGCCUUUCUAAUGCCAGCCCUUCAAAAGCAACUAAAAGUUGACUCAUUAGAAAGGUGUCAUUUAUAUUUUCGUCCUUAGAACAAUAUAAAUGUUUAAAGUUACUUUUCCCCUCGUAAAGGUUCUCUUUGAUUUUGAAUUGAUAGUUCUGAGUCGAGUGCCAUUGGAAUACGGUGGAUUAGCCUGUACUGGCCAAGGGUGUCCAACCCAUGGCCUGCAGCGCAUGGGCUGCAGCGCCAGGAACGCGGCCCACCGCAACAUCGGAAAUUUACUUAAAAGCUUUUUUUUUGGUCCAUCAGUCUUCAUUAGUGUUUGUGUAUUUAAUGUGCGAUCCAAGACAACUCUUCUUCCACUGUGGCCCAGAGAUGCCAAAAGGUUGGACAUCCCUGGCUGUGUACCCAGAAAAUGCUCUUAUUCAUUGUGAAGAGUUUGUGCUUUUUCAUUUUUAUUUGGGAAUCUUUUUGACCAGAAGAUAGGCAGAGAGUUUCUUUUCAAUAACUCUUACAUGUAUCUGGUUUGGAUAUAUUUUGUUUCCAGUCUUGAUUUUUCAAUAACCAUUAGAUAUAAUGGUUAUAACCAUUACAUACAGGCCUAUUAAUGAGCCUCAGUUGUCUUCAGAACCAGGAUUUCUUAAAUAACACUGUAAGUGUUGUCUACACACUGCCCAGGAGACACUUGUGUUUCUUUAAAGUUUUUCCUAGGCUGGGCAUUAUUUUGCCUGCUCCCAUUUAUUUAAGUGUAGUGGUGCCCUAACUUUUAUGCAAGGCCAUCAUGGAGAAAUAGCGUUCUAACCUUAGACCGAGAUUCACUUCUUUUUUGGUUUUAGGUGUAUAUUUUCAUCCUUAAUGUUGUGUCUUGUUCAGUUUUUGUAAAAAAACAUUUUUGCUAUUAUGAAAGAUUACAUUUCUAUAUAAAAAUGUUUGUUUUAUGUGAGAUACCUUUCAUUUGCUCAUCUUUUUGUGUGCAGUAUAGUGAAAAAUCAAAAAUUGAGUCUGCUUUGGAAGGAAGACAUGGAACAGUUGGGUUCCAAGGGGCCUCAACAUGGUAGCCUUCUUGUUCCGGAUAGACAUGCGCAGAAGCUCUCACUGACCAGUCCGGGCUCCACUUCUGCGGGUCUUUGCCGGGGAAGCUUUUGGGGAGUGAUCAAGUCCUUGUUUGCAUGUGAAAACUAUGCAUGGUAGCAUUCUUGCUUGCACUGUCUUUCUUACAUAAGAAAAAGAAGUUUCAAUUGGCCAAUAGAAUAUCUUUUACAUAGGACAAGUUUUUUUUUUGGUGAAGAGUGUUGGGGGGUAAGAAGAGGUGAGCGAAGCACAAUUUAUAAUGUAGGCUCUGGAAAAGCAUAUUACCAAACAUGUGUUUGGUACGCCCAUGCAGGCUUUUAAAAGUGAUUUGUAUGGAAUGACUUGUUUAGCAAAUAUGCACUGAGCAUCUUACAUCAAUGCCGUGCUGUUUCACGUGAAUACUGCAUGCUCUUCUGUGGGAACUGAAUUAAAGGGUGUCAUGAGCACUGUAAUCCUUGAUGUUGUCUCAGAUACUGACUUAGCCUAUAAAGGCCAGUCAGACUUACCAUUUUUUAUAAGAAUUGACAAGGGGGAAAAGGCGGAAAACUGUACUUGAACAACAAUAAAAAAAAUAAAAACAAUUGACAAACUAUGACUCAUGGACCAAAUCUGGCUUACACCUGUUUUUGUGAAAGGCCUAUGAACUAAAACUAGUUUAUAUACUUUUUAAUUGUUUUUUUAAUGCUGGGAAUAUUUCAUAACACAGGAAAAUUAUAACUCAGAUUUCGUUGUUUCUGAGUAAAGUCUUAUUAGAAUGUAGCUACGCUCAUUUGUUUACAUAGUAUCUGUGGCUGCUUUUGCACUGCGGUUGCAUAAUGGACUAGUUGCAACAGAGACCGUACAUCUCACAAAGCCUAAAAUAGAGGAACAUUUGCUGACCCCUGUGUUAAUAGACUUCAAGGAGUCAACAAAACCGUAGAAGUAUAACAAAUCAUUUUUAUGAUUUGGGGAAUCAUGCCCUCCACUAAUCAAGCCAAAAUAAAACAUUUAAAAAGCUAAUAAAACAUUUUUUGUUUAGUCAUACAUAUUUUUCAGUAAGUAUUUGUGUGUCAUUUUAUCUCUGAUAUGUUAAAAGCUAAUGGGUUCUUUUAGGGGUAUUAGCAGUUUAAACAUCUUUGACAAUGUGGUUAUACAUUUGAAAUUUUAUUAAAUGUA